AUUUCAAGAAACUGAAAACUUCUUCUUUUCAAGUAGAAAAUUAGUGCUAAAAGUUAUGGCUUUGAGUUCCAACUUCUUUCUUGGCUUCAUCAUUGCUGCCUGUUUUAUACAAUUUGUGUAUUGCCAUGGCAGCUAUGAUAGAUCAGCUCUCUUUGUAUUUGGUGAUUCCCUCUUUGAUCCUGGGAAUAAUAAUUAUAUUAAUACAACUACUCAAUUCCAAGCUAAUUGGUGGCCUUAUGGUGAAUCAUUCUUCAAGCCUCCUACUGGCAGAUUUUGUGAUGGUCGUAUCAUUCCUGAUUUCAUUGCCGAAUAUGCAGAGUUGCCACUCAUUCCAUCCUAUUUUGGUAUUGGCAAAGAUGGAUUUAUCCAUGGAGUGAAUUUCGCAUCAGGAGGAGCUGGCUGCUUAGAAGAAACUUUUCGUGGCUUUGUUAUAGACCUUAAAACACAAUUGAAAUACUUCAAAAAAGUGGCUAAAGAUUUGAAGAAGAAGUUUGGAGCAAAAAAGUCCAAACAACUCCUCUCCAAUGCUGUAUACAUAUUUAGCGCUGGAAAUAAUGAUUACUUUGAAUUUCCUGUGACAUAUUCUAAGGAAGAAUAUGUAAAGAUGGUAGUGGGCAAUUUGACAUCUGUUCUUAAGGGAAUAUACAAGAAAGGAGGGAGAAAAUUUGCCAUUCUUAGUUUGGCUCCUUUGGGUUGUACACCAGGUUCUAGGGCUCUUAAUUUCCAACAAGGAAAUAAAAGUGGUAAUUGCCUAGAAGAAUUGACAAACCUUGCAAAAAUACAUAAUUCAGCUUUGCCUAAAAUGCUAAAGCAACUAGAGGAAAAAUUACCUGGAUUUAAGUAUUCUUUGUUUGAUUUCUUCAAAGUUGCAAUUGAAAGAGUUGACAACCCUUCAAAAUAUGGUUUUAAAACAUCUAAAAGUGCUUGCUGUGGGACGGGUCCAUUCAGAGGAAUUUAUAGUUGUGGAGGGAAGAGACGAGUAAAAGACUACAAGUUGUGCAAAAAUGUGAAGGAGUAUAUGUUUUUUGACUCUGGUCAUCUUACAGAAGUGGCAUACAAACAAGUUGCUCAAUUACUAUGGAAUGGAACUAAGGAUGUUGUUAAGCCUUACAACUUAAAGUCAUUUUUCGAUCUUUCAACAUAGCUUAUAAUUGGUGACAUUAUUAUUAAAUAAACUACUUCUGUUGAUAAGGUUUAACACAUAUGACAAUUUCAAAUUUCAUGAGUACUCAUUCUCGAGAGAAUUUGUCAUUUUGAUGUAUUUGGAGUUGGACAUUAAUUGUUUGGAUGCUUAUAAUUAAUAAAUUCCCUUUGCUUUGACGA